GCCGAGGACGCUGAUGAGCUGAUGAUGAUCGACCUCACACGAUCAGUUUGCAGCUUGCUCAUCGUCAUCGUCAGCGCCACGCCGAGCCCGUAUCAGCUACUAGCUACUAGUCACUUACCGAUCAUGCCAUGAAGAGGACAGAGGAACUGGCCGAGCUGCUUCUGCCGGCAAAAUAUCCUAAAAGGCAGCUCGAAGAGGCUCUCGAGCGUUCCAACGAGGAUGUAGGGAGAGCGGCCGAGAUCCUGCUGCUCGGAAUCGGUCCGAGCAAACAGGCUAAUCUAGGUGGAUGGCUCAAGCCCAAGUCGGAAGGGAUCAAGAAGAAGAGGAAACGAUCUGGAGGUUCAGACGACGAGCUUAAACCCGAAAUCCAUCGGACUGGACCGGUUGGAAAGGAGGACACCGAGCCAAUCGUGCUCAGCUCGGACGAGGAAGAAUGCCUUAUCCUGGGUACAAAAACCGGUUACCCUAAGAAGCCCGCAAAUGUAUCGAAGAUUCCACGGCCUAGCAAGAUUCUUUCUCUCGCAACGCUACAACAAGCUCCAUCACCUCCGAAACGUAACAUCGCUCAACCUCCGAUUGUGCUUACGACACCCCGUUCAAUCUCUUCGACCUUGCCUUGCUCCUUGGUACCUUCGCCGCUCUCAGCAGAGUUUGCGACCGCCUUGUACUUGUCACUAGUCGAAGAGUCCAAGAAGGAAGAAGUCAUCUCCGAGAUCGUCGAUGCGCGGGGAAACAAAACGAGCGUCAUCACCCAGGCGGGAUUCAGACGGCAUAAAUGGUUCUUGAACGGGAGAUAUGUCGUCAGUCCGCAUACGAGCGGGUAUUAUCGACUUUCAGAAGAAGAGGGCGGGGUGGAAAGCGGCGGAGAGUAUUGGUACGCCGGGAAGAAGGAACCGGAAGCUCCUGGCUUCCCUCCUCUUCUGAAAAGGGCAAUGGAAAUUAUCAAUCCCUUCGUGAACGAUAUCCUCUCUCCAACGCCCUCGUCGAAAAAUUCCGGCCUGGAUCCGGGAUGGAGGAAGGACGCUCGGGGUGGGCGAGCUGGACCCAAGCGUUAUGCACUGGAAUAUGAUGGACCUUGGCGGGCGAAUGUGGCUGCUGUAAAUUGUUACGCGGGAGGAGAGAGUGCUGUCGGUUGGCACGCAGAUCAAUUAACCCAUCUCGGACCUUACCCUACAAUCGUGUCUCUGAGUUUAGGUACACCUCGGUCGUUUCGCCUUCGACCCUCUCCCGACCCGGACAAUCCGUUGCUCGAUGUACUCGGGCGUCCGCUGCGAACCUACGAAGUCGUCCUGCCACAUAAUUCCAUCCUCAUCAUGCACGCCGGAUGCCAAGAACUGUACAAGCACUCGGUCGCUCCGCUCGGCAAGGGAAAGAGUUUGGAUCUUUUCCGACCAGCAUGGGACAUUGAAGGCAAUCCCGUCGAACCUGCCAAUCGGGAGAAGCGGAUAGAGAGGAUCAAUAUCACGUUUCGCUUUUAUCGACCGGACUACCAACCGAUUGCGAAGGGCGCUCGGAAAGGCACUCCGGUUUGUCGUUGUGGAAUACCGACCUUGUUGGGUGCCGAUCAGAAAGGAAAGGUCAGAGCGAAUAUGCGGAAGGAUACAAGCUGCGAUUCCGGCAAGUCAGCAGAUCCAGCAGACGAGAUAAUAUUCUUUUAUCGAUGUCAGUCGUCGAGCGCAACUGGCGACGUCAAGGGCUGCGGCUUCUUUCAGUUAUUAGAUUGCGAGAAGGAGGGUAAGGGUCCGAUGAUAAGUCAACGAGCGGAUCCUUCGAAACAUCAGGAAGGUCCAGAUCUUGUUUCGUAAUAGCGCCUUGACUCGAGCAAUCGUAAAUCUACGGAUACAU